AAUGAAAAGAAUUUUCUCAUUUAGUAUCAUUUAGGAAAAAAAACACUAGCCGUAUUUGUUUAGUUAUCAUUAUCAUAGAUGAAGAUUUUUAUCUAUACACAUCUAAACAGUUUGGUUUCAUCAAACAUUAACGAAAAUAGCCAAAUAAAUUGUCAACAGCAACAACGAUUGGGUGAUCAAAUUGAAAGUAUUAGCCAUCAUCAUCAUCAACAACAACAACAAUUGCAGCAACAUCGAGAUUCUUCGUCAUCUGAACAUCAACAACAACAACAACCACAACAUCGUGAACAAAGAUCAGGAUCACGUUCGUGGGCAAUCAAACGACCAACAAUGGGUGACAUUCGACGACUUUCUCCACCUGGACUCAAAGAUGAGUUACCAGUAAAUGAUGAUGAACAGAAAAAUUGGAAAGGUAUCCUAAUAUCAUUGUUGGUCAUUUCGACAAUCUGUUCAUUUAUAUUUCUAUCGAUUGUAUUGAUGACACCACAUAUGGAUUUUACAAGUAAACAAGAACCAUUAAAAAUUGAAGAUUUUAUUCUCGAAGGUUAUGAAUCACGUGAUUAUAAUGGUUCAUGGAUAUCUGGAAAAGAAAUUCUUUAUAAAGAAUUAAAUGGUUCAAUUUGUAUUUAUAAUGUUGAAACUAAACAUAAAGAAAUGAUAUUGGACGGUGCUUUGACGCGCCAAUAUGAAGUACAACGAUUUAUGGUAUCACAUGAUCAUCGUUAUCUUUUAUUGGGUCAUGAUUUUAAAAAAACUGGUACACAUACUAUUCUUGGCCGUUUUACUAUAUUCGAUACUAAAUUACAUACAUUCACACCAUUACGAUUGAAUGAACAACAAAAUGAAAUCGAUAUGCAUCAAUAUGCUGAUUGGGUUCCCGAUCAUUCAUUGAUCGUAUUAAUAAAUCGUAAUAAUAUCUAUCUAUUAACACCAUUAGGUGGUGUAUUACAUAUUCUUACUGAAAAUGGUAAAGAUGAAAUAAUCUAUAAUGGAAUACCGGAUAUAAUCUAUGAAGAACAUGUAUGGAAAUUGAAUAAUGGUAUAUGGCUUAAAUCCUAUAUUGGUGGUUGGAUGAUGAUCUAUUCAACUAUUGAUAAUACACAAGUGGAACAAAUUCCAUACAUUAUUUAUGGAAAAUCAUCAAAAAAUGAAACACAAUCCUAUCAAUCAAUAUAUGCUGAUAAACCAACUGGUUAUGUUAUGUAUCCAAAACUUUAUUCAUAUCCAUAUUCAAAACCUGGAAAAAAUAUUCCACGUAUUUCAUUGAGCGUUACAAAAUUAAAUGAACGUAAUCAAAUUGUUUAUAAAAAUCAACCGGUUACAUCACCAUUUGAUCGUACACAAUUGGAUUUUACUGAUCAUUAUUUAUCUACUGGUCCUGUUUGGAUAUCACCAUAUGAAUUCAUUGGCAUAUGGACUAGACGUACACAAGAACAUGCCAUUAUUGGUAAAUGUCGUGAACAAACAGCUGAAUGGCAAUGUGAAAAAUUAAGUGAAGAAAAACAAUUACGUCCAAUUGGAUCAUUGGUUUUACAAUCACGUCCAAUCAUAUCGUCUAGUGGUGAUCGAAUAUUUCUCAUAUUACCAGUUAGCGAUGGUCUUGCUGGAAUGUUUGAUCACAUUGCACAAAUUACUAUGGAUGGAAAAAAACAAUUUUUAACACAUGGUCAAUACGUUGUUACAUCGAUUUAUGCUUAUCGUGAAGAUCUUCAAACACUAUAUUAUGCUGCCAAUAUUGUCGAUGAACCUGGCAUUCGUCAUAUUUAUUCAUUACGACAUCAUAAUAAUUCUAAUGAACAACAUUAUAUUAAUUGCAUAUCAUGUAAAGUGAAUGCCACUUGUCUUUAUAAUAAUGCUCGAUUUAGUCCGGAUGGUAAAUAUUUUGUACUUGAAUGUUUGGGACCAGAUUAUCCAAGUUUCUAUUUAAUUGAUACGGAAACUGAAAAAAUUAUUGAAAUUCUCGAUACAAAUGAACGAUUACGUCGAUGGUCAGAUAAACGUGCAAUACCAAAAAUUCGACAAUUUGCAAUCAAAACUAGUCGUCCAGCCAAUUAUUAUAUACGAAUACAAUUAAUUUUACCGAUUUCGGUGAAUGAAUUGGAUGAUGCACGUUAUCCAUUGUUGAUUGAAACGAAUCGUAUGCCCGGUGUACAAAGUGUUAAUUAUCUUAAUAAAAUUGAUUGGCUACGAUAUCUAUCAAGUCGUAGAGAAUAUAUAACAGCCAGAAUUGAUACACGUGGAAGUGGUUUUCAAGGUGAUCGUCAUCAAUAUUCCAUUUAUAAACGUAUCGGUGAAUUAGAGACUGAAGAUUUGAAAAUUGCACUUGCCUAUCUAAAACAAUUACCAUAUGUUGAUCAUUCGAAAAUUGCUAUCUGGGGCCAAGAAUAUGGUGGCUAUCUAUCGACAGCAUUUUUGGCAACAGAAAAUUCUGUAGCCUGUGCUGUAGCUGUGGCACCGAUUACCAGUUGGAAAAAUUAUUUGUCCGUAUUCUCCGAAAGAUUUAUGGGUACACCAGAAGAAAAUUAUCUUGGCUAUGAAAAAAGUGAACUAAUGCAAUUGGCACCAUCACUUAAAGGACGAACAUUGAAUCUAGUUCAUGGAACAAUGGAUCGUAGAGUUAAUAUACAACAUUCAAUGCAAUUUAUCAAAUCAUUAACAAUGAAUGCCGUACAAUAUCGAACACAGUUUUAUCCAGAUAGUGGAUCAUUGGAAACCUGGGAUCUAAUGAUACGUUAUCAUUUCUAUCGUACGAUGGAAGAUUUUUUUGCCAAAUGUUUCCAAGUUGAAGCCGACGAUGAUGAAGAUGAUUUAAUACCUAUUACAAAAGUUAUAAAAGGAAAAUUUAAAAAUACAUAGGGGAAAAAAAAUUUCAAAAUUCAAAAUCACAUUUGGAACACUUUGUUUAAAUCAUUGUGAAACGUGAAAGCAGCAAAAAACCACAAAAGUGUCUUCAGUUUAUCUGUUUCACACACACACACCCACACACCCACACACAUCUUGUUGAAUUUUUUCUCGUCUUUUUUCAUUUCAAACAUCAUCAUUUGUAUUCAUAUACAAUACUCACGCGCUCGCACUUUCGAAUGUUUCUCAAUGUACAGAAUUUAAUUUGUUUUUGUUUUCACAAUAUUUCAGUAUUAUUAAUCUUAUCUUAUUAAUUAAUUAUAUAUAUA